AUGCGUGCAGUUGGAAUAUCCCGUAUUUCACGGGCUUUUGCUGCUGAAUUCUCCGCCGCUUGGAGCCGAGUCGACGACGUGGACCAAGGAGAAGAAGAGAAGAGAAGACGAGAAGAGAAGACGAGAAGAGACGCAGAGAAGAGAAGCAGAGAAGAGACGCAGAGAAGAGAAGCAGAGAAGAACUUUGACGACUUCGUUGGGAAACAAAGUGACAGAAAUAUGGAUGAUACGGAUCUUCUGUCAUACAACGGCGAUGCCGUACCACGUAAACGACGUCGGCCGGCGUUGGCGUGCGACCAAUGUCGUCGCCGGAAGGUCAAAUGCGACCAAAAAAUGCCGUGCGAUCAAUGCCAACGAUCCAAGAAUCUCUCGAUUCAUACAUGUUCCUAUGUUCAUGUCCAUGCCGCCGUUGGCUCCUCUUCAACAGGGCCUCAUGCUAGCCUACAAUCACAGCAACAAUCACAACUCUCCUCAGCUCCCCCAGCUCCCAUUAUUCCUAUCCCUCAGGUAACCCAACGUGAAAAUUGCGCAGCAUAUCCAUCGCCUUCUACGGCAAAUGUUUCUGGCUCGAGUCCACAUGUAGAUGACCAAGGAAGCGAUAUCGCCGGAUCUACUCGCAAUGCCAACCGGGACCAUCAAUCUGCGGUGACGAUUCAGGCGCUCGUGGAUAGGGUCCGCCUCUUGGAGAAGAAACUUUCAGAGUCUACGAGCACGAACUCUAUUUCUAGCUUUCCUCCACCCCGCUGCGGACCGAGAGAGGUGUUGGAUGAUCCUCAAGGUUUGCCUGCUCCCGUGAGCGAGACGUUCUCGAAAACGAGAUUUUUUGGGAAAAGUCACUGGAUGAAUUGUGCUAAGGAGUUCGAGACGGUAUACAAUUUCAAGCAUCGACUUGAAGUAGAUAAUAACUCUGAGAUAUCCAGAAUGAUGGUUCGAUGUAAGACGCUGGCAAGAGCUGCAAAAAUAAGACGUCCAAUACGCCAGCUAGAUUAUCCGGACUUGAAAGACCUUGUUCCUCUACGUGAGACGGCGGACGAGCUUGUCACGGGCUAUCUUCGUACCUUUGAGUCUGUUUAUCGAAUUUUACACGUGCCCACUUUCCAGCAGGAAUAUCUUCAAUUCUGGAAUAGCCCUCAGUCUGCGAGUCAGUCUUUUGUGGUGCGCCUGCUCCUUGUAAUGGCUAUAGGCACUUGCUUCUAUCAAAGGCCCGGUAGUUCCAUUGCGCCUCGGACAAUGGCAGCGCCAUGGGUCUAUGCGGCUCAGGCAUGGUUGGGGGCUCCAUCUGAGAAAUCUCUCGUCAAUAUCGCUGCCGUCCAGGUACACUGCCUUCUACUUCUAGCGCGCCAGAAUUGCGCGAUUGAUGGCGACCUAGCUUGGAUAUCGGCUGGCUCUCUACUGCGGGUAGCAAUUGAGCUUAUCGCCAUCCACCGUGAUAAUUCGCAUCACCUUUUUAACACAGCCCACCCCUCUCAAUACGGAGCCACACAGCCCUCUAUCUUCCAAGUCCAAUCCGUCUCUAUUCUCACCAAUAGAUUCUUGCUUGCUCUCCACCACCCCUUCGCUGUAAAAGCAAAAACAGACCCAAAAUACUACUUCUCCCGUAAGAUAUGCAUGGAUGCCGCGCUCCACAUCCUUUCUCCAAAUAACCACACGGACAAUGAGGAAGAUGAUGCGAAUGUCACUGCCAAUUCCAAUGCCAAUACGCUCCCCCACGGCAAUGACUUUGAGUGCCUAAAACUCCACGCCGGAGGCCUCAUCCGCAGCUCCAUCAUGUACGCACAAUUCGCCAUUUCCCUCGAACUCAUUUACCAACUCCAGGAGGACCGGCCAGCGCCUUUCCCGUCAAACACGUUUCCACUCUCCUCUCCAUCGUCGUCGGCCACCCAAACAUGGCGAAGAGAGCUGCACGCUGCGACACAGAAUUACAUGCGACUCACGAUGCGCCGGAUCCAGAUGGGCGAAACGAAUGUGAAGGGAUAUAUAUUCUCCUCUUGUAUCUUGGCACAGAUCAAGGCGAUGGAGGCAGGCGCGUCAGAGGUAAAUGCGUACAUUAUGGAGGCGGCGAAAGAGGCAGUGGAUCAGUGUCAUACUUGGCUAAAGGAGCGAGCAAAGCUGCAGGGACGAAGUGAAGCUGAGAUGAAGGACAAUGAAGGUAAUAGUUUAAAUACGUACAAUAAUAAUAAUAUAUAUGGCGAUGGCGGUGGUAACAGUGACAACGAAAGCCAGAGGAUCGAAUGGGUUGAUUUGGACUCACAGUUUCUCUUGGACAUCCCCGAUUCGUGGUUAUUUCCAGCGUUCCCCUCGGGGGAUCUGUAA